AUGGAAACACAGACAGUACCGUUGCUGAUCAUCAAACGUAAACCAGAUGAGACUGAAGACUAUGCGCCAUACUUGAUUCAAUCUGUCACCACAAUAUUCGUAGGCCAUCUCGGAGACCUUGAACUCUCUGCUGUUUCACUUGCUCACAAUGUCAUUGGCAACAUCUCUUAUGGUUUCCUGCAAGGUAUGGCAAUUGCAUUGGGAACACUUUGUGGUCAAGCAUAUGGUGCAGGCCAAGUUGGUUCACUUGGUAUCUAUUUGCAGCGCUCAUGGAUUGUCCUAUCCAUCACUUCUGUGAUCCUUUCAUCAGCUUAUAUAUAUGCAACUCCAAUCCUAAUGAUCUUAGGCCAAGACCCUCGUAUAGCUAACCUUGCCGGAAAAUAUAGCAGGAAGAUUCUUCCUGAAAUGUUCUCUUCUACUCUCAAUUUGUCCACCCAAAAGUUCCUUCAGGCUCAAAGCAAGGUAGGAGUGAUCACAUGGAUGGCCUUUGCAGCUCUCAUUGCACAAACUGGACUUCUUCAUCUCUUCAUCAACAUUUUCGGAUGGGGAUUAGAUGGUGCAGCUGCAGCUUACAACAUAACAAAUUGGGGAAUUGCUAUUGGUCAAGGCAGUGAAGAUAUGCAACGAGCUGUCGCUCGUUUAGCAUAUCUUCUCGGAGUAACCAUGCUUCUAAACAGUGCUACACAAGUGUUAACUGGUGUUGCUGUUGGAGGUGGAUGGCAGGUGAUGGUAGCUUAUAUAAAUUUGGGUUGUUACUAUCUGUUUGGUCUUCCACUUGCGAUCCUUCUUGGGUUUAAAGCAAAACUGGGUGCCAUGGGGCUAUGGGGUGGCAUGAUGAGUGGUAGUGCUCUUCAUAUCCUAUUCCUACUGAUUCUGACUUCCAGAACCAACUGGGACAAUGAGGUGAAGGAAACCACAAAACGCAUAAAGAAGUGGGGGAACCAAGAGAAGAGAACUGAUCAAGAAGAUAACUUGCUGAAAUUGUAA